GUGUCCCUCCAGGUCAGCUCCGUGCCCUUCCCUGGAGCCGCCAGCCGCCUGCAGAGCCGCCCUCUUCAUGGAAAGCCCCGUGCAGCGGUCCCCUGGUGAUGGCAUCCGACAGCGACGUGAAGAUGCUGCUGAACUUCGUGAACCUGGCAUCCAGCGACAUCAAGGCGGCCCUGGACAAGUCUGCACCCUGCCGCCGCUCAGUGGACCACCGCAAGUACCUGCAGAAGCAGCUCAAACGCUUCUCCCAGAAGUAUUCCCGGCUCCCGCGGGGCCUCCCCGGCAGAGGGGCCGAGCCUCACCUGAAAAGGGGGUCCGAGGACCGGCCUGGGAGGCUGCCCCUCGAUUCUGGCCACAGUUCCAGCCGCGGCGGGGGUGGGUGCUGCAAGGAGAAGGCGUUGGGGAACCCCUACAGUGAGGAAUGUCUCUCUAAGGAGCAGACCUUACACGGGCCGGAUCCAGAAGCUGCCAGGCCUGGCCAGGUGCCCAUGAGGAAAAGACAGCUGCCGGCUUCCUUCUGGGAAGAGCCACGGCCCACCCAAAGCUACCCCGUGGGGUUGGAGGGGGGACUGGGCCCCAGGGAGGGACCUCCCUAUGAGGGUAAGAAACACUGCAAGGGCUUGGAGCCCCGGGGGCCCGAGACAGCCCCAGUGCCCGCAUCCCCAAGGGCACCCGCUGAAAAGGAGCCACUCAAGAUGCCUGGGGUCUCCCUGGUGGGCCGUGUCAAUGCCUGGAGCUGCUGCCCCUUCCAGUACCAUGGACAGCCCAUCUACCCAGGCCCUCCAGGGGCCUUGCCUCAGAGCCCGCUCCCCAGCCUGGGCCUCUGGCGGAAAAGCUCGGCUUCCCCCGGCGAGCUGGCCCACUUCUGCAAGGAUGUGGAAGGCCCCGGGCAGAAAGUGUACAGACCCGUGGUUCUGAAGCCUAUUCCCACCAAGCCGGCCAUGCCCCCGCCCAUCUUCAACAUCUUUGGCUACCUCUAG